AUGGCCUCACCAAAAACUCGCGCUGCUUCUUCCUCUUCUUCUGUUCCUCCUGCCUUCAUUAUUGGCAUAUGCGUUGAUAAGCAUGCGAUUGAAGUUCGAAGCAAUCUUCAUCCUUUUGCCCAAAACGUUAUGGAUGAGAACAUGUUACAUUUGUUCGAGAACACUCUUGUUCUGGGGCCUUAUUGGUUCGGUUCUGUCUCGGCUAAAAAGGCAGAAUUGAUUAAAGAAGAUGUUGAAGCUCCUCUAUGCUUUUAG